GCGAUUUGUCACAAUGGGACAAUUUUAAAUAAAACGUCCAAAUUUAAUGAUUGGUGAAGGAUUUUUAAUUUAUAAAAUGCUCCUUUUGAUGAUAAACAGAUGACUGCUUUCAGUUUAAUUUACUGUACAAUGUUUUUCAUUCUGAUGUGGAUCUUUAAAGAUAAACCAUCACUUAAAUUUCUAAAAGCAGUGAUUUCUUCCUGAAAGUUAAGAAUGUAACUACUGUCUUUCUAAAUACGGUACAUUUUGUUCAAAUUCAGAUUUAUGGUUAAUCAACAGAACUGAAAAACUGAUUUUUGUCAUAAUUCUUCACAGCUCAAGUUUUACUUCUGUAUUUCUUUUCCACAUUGAUGCAAAAGGAGAGUCCACCCUAAUUGACUCACUUCUGCUGGCAAACUACUUCUUCUUCACGUGAAUCCAUGAAUCUUUCUGUUUCAGCCAAGAUGGCCGACCAAAGAGAGCCGCUCAUACCCAAACCGCCUCCAGACGCGUCUUCGCCUCCGCCAUACUCCUACCACGACCAGCCGCCUCCAGCUUACUCCGCAGCCCCGGUCAGGUACGGUCCGCACCAAAGUGAGGCCGUCGUCACCGGAUACGAGUCUUUCCGAGACAUAAACCCAGAGAUCGCAUCGGACACGAAUACCUUUGUGUCGUCGUCGUUUGAGGAUGAAACUGUGAGGCGAGGGUUUGCUAGAAAGGUGUUUAGCAUCUUGACGCUCCAGCUGCUGUUCACCUUUAGCGUCGUCUGCGUGUUCACCUUCUCCAGCGUCGUGAAGGAGGCCGUGCAGAACAACUUGUGGGCCUACCUCAGCUCCUUCAUCGUCUUCAUCGUGGUGGCCUUCACCCUCAGCUGCUGCCGGUCCUUCAGCCGGCGUCACCCCUGGAACCUCGUGGGGCUGGUUAUCGUCACCCUAAGUUUGUCUUACAUGGUGGGGACUGUCGCCUCUUUCCACAACACCACCGCUGUCGUCAUCACCAUGGCGGUGACGCUGGUCAUCUCUCUUGCCAUUAUCGUCUUUGCAUCACAGACUCGUUAUGAUUUCACUAUCUAUUACGGCGUCCUAUUGAUCAUGGCUGUAGACGUCAUCAUGUUUGGGGUCAUCUGCACCUUCUACUACUCCCACGUCGCCAGCAUCAUUUAUGGAUGUCUUGGAGCGCUGCUGUAUUCUCUGUUCCUGCUGGUCGACUGUCAGCUGAUGAUGGGAAAGAUGAGCUACCGGCUGAAUCCGGAGGAAUACGUCAACGCUGCUCUCACCAUCUACCUGGACAUAAUCCUCAUCUUCCUCUACCUGCUGGGGAGGAGGUGAUGCUGUGUAAAAAACACUACCUAAACUGAAAUAUCAAGCAUUACAAUGUAUAUAACUCAGCAGAACAAUACAAUUUUCCCAGUUUUUUAUUUACACCAAGAAAUAAACAUCACAAUUGCUUAUUUUGCAUUGUUACUCUGUAUUUUAUUGCAUCCAUGUUGUCUAAAGCAGUUCUUGACUGCAUUUUAUCACAGAGGUUACAUGUGUUUUAGAGAGAAUGAGCAAAAAAACAAAAA